GACUUGCGUCCCUGCACCGUGACCCGCCGCUCGCGAUGCGCCGGUGCUGAGCGGCCGCCCGCGGACACGACAGCUCGGCGGCCACUGAGUACCUUUCGUGGCUGCGCGCGAGGUGGACGCGAAGGCGGGCAGGAUGACCAACCCCGCGGCCACGCAGGACAAGGAGAUAGACUGUCUGAGCCCAGAAGCGCAGAGGCUGGCGGAGGCCAGGCUGGCGGCGAAGCGCGCGGCCCGUGCCGAGGCCCGCGACAUCAGGAUGAAGGAGCUGGAGCGGCAGCAGAAGGAGAUCUAUCAGGUUCAAAAGAAAUAUUACGGGCUGGAUACAAAAUGGGGUGACAUCGAGCGAUGGAUGGAAGACAGUGAGCGGUACUCGCGCGGACCCCGGAGAAACACGUCGGCCUCUGAUGAAGAUGAGCGCGCUUCCGUGGGCAGCCGUGGAAGUCUGAGGGUUGAAGAGAGACCAGAAAAAGAUUUCACGGAGAAGGGCUCCCGCAGCCUGCCCGGCCUGUCCGCGGCCACGCUGGCCUCGCUGGGUGGCCCCUCCUCUCGGAGAGGAAGCGCAGAGACCUCCACCUCCAUCGACACCGAGGCGUCCAUCAGGGAGAUCAAGGAGCUCAAUGACCUAAAGGGCCAGAUUCAGGAUGUAGAAGGCAGAUACAUGCAGGGACUGAAGGAGAUGAAGGACUCGCUAGCGGAGGUCGAGGAGAAAUAUAAGAGGGCCAUGGUGUCCAACGCUCAGCUGGACAACGAGAAGACCAACUUCAUGUACCAGGUCGACACCCUGAAGGAGGUGCUGCUGGAGCUCGAGGAGCAGCUGGCGGAGGCGCGGCGGCAGCACGAGGAGCAGAGCAGAGAGCUGGAGAGGGAGAAGCAUGCCCACGGCCUGCUGCGGUUCCAGCUCGCCGAGGCCACGGCCGCCCUGAGGCAGAGGGACGAGAUGCUCGAGGAAAUCCGACAGCUACAGCAGAAACAGGCCAGUUAUAUCAGAGAGAUUUCUGACCUUCAGGAGACAAUAGAAUGGAAAGACAAAAAGAUAGGGGCCUUAGAGAGGCAGAAAGAGUUCUUUGAUUCCAUCAGGAGUGAACGGGACGACCUUAGAGAAGAAGUAGUCACGCUGAGAGAGGAAUUAAAGAAACAUGGAAUAAUCCUAAAUUCAGAGGUAGCUGCCAAUGGAGAGGCUUCGGACACGCUAAAUGAUGUCGGAUGCCAAGGGGCCACCAAGGUGACGAGAGAAGAGUUGAAUGCCAUCAAGGCGACCGCGGACGGGACCCUAGGAAGAGCCAAUGAAGUGGAGGUGAACGGUGGAAUUGUGGAGAAUGUGGGGAAAAGAGAAAUCUUGCAGAAUACUGAGCAAGAGCAGCACAAAGAGGACCCGAUAAAGGAUUGUGUGGACGCAGAGGCGUUACAUCCUGAUGAGCAAGCCGAGGACCAGAAAACCCCUGAAGACAGUGCCCCCUCCCCAGGGACCUUAGCAGAUGCUACAGACGAGGAUCAGGUCCAAAGCCAGAGCUUAGAGAGCACGUCCCUCCUUGAACGUACAGAGCAGGUCGGGUCAGAUGAGGUCGCGAGCACCCCAGACGGCCGGUCCGAGCCUCCCCUUGCGCAGUCCAGGUGUUUGGGUGAACUAGAUAGUGGAAGCCCAGGUCCGAGGCUUGGGGAGGUCAGUCGUGAUGCCUUGGAUAGCAAAAACCAGAGCGAAAAGCCAGCCAAACAACAGGAACAAGAAACGCAAGAUUUUAAAACCAGUGUGGGAGAAGUUAGCACAAAACCGCAUCAGGAAUCUGCUCCUUUGCCAGUAUCUGAGGUUGAAAGGGUGACGAGCUCGGACUCUGGGGACCCAAGCGGGAGCCCCACACCGGGCGCGGCGGGGGCAGGGCUAAGCGGAUUAGGGGAGCAGGUGGGCACAGUAGCCUCGAGUCCUCCAAGGUGCAGCAGUGACACAGCGAGUCAUGGGGAAGAGUGUGUGGCAGGUGUUCUCAUCGAGCUGGACUCGAGCACAGAGGGUGGUCUAGAGAAAGAGCUCCCCAGCCAGAGAGCAGCGGGGCCCAGGACGGGGGAGGCCAGAAGGGGACCCCUAGGUGUGAAAGAACCCAGCGAGGAAAGUAACGACCCACCGGGGGAGGCGUUGGAUUCAUCACAGAAGAAGUCAAAAAACAAGAAAAAGAGAAACAAGAAGAAAAAGUCUCCGGCACCUGUAGAGACCCCUCAGGAGGUUAGAAAAGAGUUAACGUUCCAGACCCCAGCCCCAAGUGACAGUCAGGAGGGAGGGCAGGUCACUCCUACUGACAAGAAAUCAGGUGGAGAAGCUCAAAAUGAGGCAACCGAAAAUCCAGGGCACGACAUGGUAGCAGGAAGCCGUGAGCACGUGGAUUGUGCAGAAAACCCUAAAAUCUUGUCGGGCGGACGGCUUAACGGAGACGACCGCGAGGGACACGCCGAGUCAGGGGACGUCGCGGCCGACGGGGAACCGCUCCCUUUCGAAGGUGCCACAGCUGAGGCUUCAGGCACUAGCGCCGGUGACAGAGAAUUAGACGAAGCCGUUGUGAAAGGUGCCGCUGGCGACGGGGCCACUCCCGGCAGCCCCGCGGAGCCCGCGGACGCCUCCCAGGCAGAAGGCGCAGACGGGCGCGUGGUGCCAGAAUGUCCGACUCAGAGAGCCGGGGAGCUGCUGGACGGCAUCGGUCUGGGAGACCACGACGCGGCACCAGCGGGGGCGUUGGGAGACCUCGGCUCCGAGGGCAAAGAAGACGCGAGAGGCAGAAAUGAGGACAAGAGCAGAGAAGACUGCGCCCUGUCGUGAGCUGGGGCUCCGCCCACGGGGCGGGGCCAGCGGGCCGGGGCUGCGCAGUAGGUCCAACUGCGAGAGACCCCUGCAGGUCAUCACCACGUGAGAGGUUCAUGGAAUGCUCCAGAUCGCAUAGACACACCGCACCGUAUGACAAUCAACUACCACGUUAUCUGCUACUUUAAGUUAUAGACUGUUACUUGUAGAUUUAUAUCUCAUCAAGGUUAUCACCAGAUUAGAAAGGAGGACACAUUUGUUAUCUGUUAAGUUCCGAGUGCAUUCCGGUGUGUAUGUAAACACUUUCACACCGUUUAUAUGUCUGCUUAAAGUCAAAAUAAACAUAUUUAACAUUUGCCUUAGGCUGAUAUGAAUGUGGAUAUUCUUGACCAAGUGUAUCAGUAUCUAACUGAAAUGACCAAAUAGCAUUCUGAGAUGUCCACACUGUGAGUAUCAUAGAUAUUUAAAUUAACUUCUCCUUCAAAUAGAUGUACUUUUUUAAAAUUUGAUUUUGAUAUGUACGUUGUAACCUGUGUGGUGUCUUAUUUUAAAAGGUGAUAAAUGUCCAAACAGCACAUAGUUUCACUGAGUGAUAAGACUUGCACCACAGGACGAUAAUUCCUGUCACGUCAGGGACGGCAGACUUCUCACAGCACUAGGAGACCCUGUCUUUACCUCAUAGAAGUGUUUUAGCUCAACCAAUACUUUUAGAUCUUAUCACUGAUGGAACCUGAGUUUAUUUGUAGGAGAUUUUGACUUCAUGCCGAUUUAUGUACCAAAGUCAUUUUAUACAAAGAUUUUUUAAAAAAUUUUUUUUUCUUCUGGAAGAGAUGAAUGUUGAAAUUGCAUUUCCUGUGCAAUAUUUGGGUGGAGGGAAUUAUUUCUAAUUGUUUUUUAAUCUUAAAACUACUUGUCAGAUUCAAAAGAGCGAUACAAACGGGUACUGUUCUUGUGCAAACUGCUAAUUAGAUUAUUACAGGAUAUUUUAAACAGUCAAAUCCCUUUUGAUAUUUUGUUUAGAUAUUUUCAUUUGUUGUUUCUCAGUGUAUUCUUGUCUAAAAAGCUCUUGUUUUGGUCUUCCCGAGAUACGUAUUUUCUACAUAAAGAAGCAUUUAAAAAUAUAAUGGUAAAGUUAAAUUCAAAAUUAAUUGUAAACUAUUAAAAUCACCAGGGAAUGCACAUGAUGCGUGGUGGUCCCCCUUUAUGAGAUUGUGUGAUGUCAUAAUACUGUCACAAGAUACUGCUCAGUGCAAAAGAGACCAAAACCUCAGCAAAAUUUGAGGCAGACCUGUCAUCAUGUAACUGAAAUAAAAACGUUGUCCCAGUG